UAAAUCAAUCAAUUGCUCAAUCAGACAGUCUAAGAUUACUUCGGCGAUGCAGUAGGCAUGUGAAACAACAAUUCCGUCUUUAAAGUUGAAAAAAAGAAUAUAUAUUGUAUUAUAUUAUUACUUAUCUUUACAUAUUUGAGAUUUAUUUAGUAAAUUACUGUUCAAAGGGAAAACUACUGUAUGCACCUAGGCGACGGCAGCUCUGACCAAAGCGCGUGGAAAAAUCUAGGAAGUAGCAAUUCGACAAGCAAAAAUACAUUCUCGCAGUCAGUUGUCGGUAAGACAUGAACCUGACCGUCAAAUUCGCACUCUGCGAAUAAUUUUGCUUUCGUUUCAAUUAAAUGACAUACAUUUAACACCUUUCGGUACCACGCAGGUGAUUAUUUGAUCUGAACGUGUUUUGGUAGACCAGUGAAAAGGAGAGCUUUAUUUGUCAACAAUGUUUUUCUCUACACAACCCGAAUAAAAAGCAUUGUGUACAUGUUGAGUUGGGGUGUGUGAAGGUAUGCGGAGGGGUCCCGGGACGUGUCAGUAUGAACAUCACUCUCGCUGAGGGAGCAGCCUAUCAGGAUGGACAGGCGUUCAUGCUCCAGAUCUACCCCAGGCUGAGCCAGGAGGACACCGCAUCAUGUUGCACCCUCCAAGUCAGCGCCGGGGUCACUGCAGCCCAUGUCAUCCAGAACGCUGGGGCAACCCUGGGCUUGGAUAUGAGCUGGCCAUACUCCCUCCUGGAGGUCCAGCGGGACGGAGGGGAGACCAGGGCCCUGGAGCCCAGGGAGCUGCCUGUGGAGAGAGUCCUUCUUUGGCCUCCCAGGUUUCAGAAGCAGCACCCUCAGAGCCAGGGCUACUUUUUCAUCCUCCAGAGAGGAGAUGAUACAAAUCAAAGAAGAGCUUAUCAGGUACAACAGACUGACCAGGCGUUACGGGGCGAGGACACCGACGACUUGUGUAACCUCUCCGUCCUGACCGAGGACAGUAUUCUGGGCGCUCUGCGCCAGCGCUUUGACAAACGUCAAAUCUACACCUACGCCAGUGGGAUCCUCAUCGCCAUUAACCCUUUCAAGUUCCUGCCCAUCUACAACCCCAAGUACGUCAAGAUGUAUGAAAACCAGCCGCUGGGGAGGUUGAGACCUCACAUCUUUGCAGUGGCGGACGUGGCCUUCCACGCCAUGCUGAGGAAGCAGGUGAACCAGUGUAUCGUCAUAUCCGGGGAGAGUGGCUCAGGAAAGACCCAGAGCACCAACUUCCUGAUCCACUGCCUGACCGCCCUCAGUCAGAAGGGCUUCAGCAGCGGGGCAGAACGCACCAUUCUGGGGGCGGGCCCUGUGCUUGAGGCCUUUGGCAACGCCAAGACUGCGCAGAACAACAACUCCAGCCGCUUUGGAAAGUUCAUCCAAGUCAACUAUCUGGAGAGUGGUGUAGUGAGGGGGGCGGUCAUAGAGAAGUACCUGCUGGAAAAGUGUCGCCUGGUAUUCCGAGAUAAGAGUGAGAGGAACUACCAUGUGUUUUACUAUCUUCUGGUGGGAGCGGCCAAGGAGGAACAGAAGGAGCUUCGACUCUUACAGCCCCAAGACUACCUCUACCUCAAUCAGGAGAACUUUGAUCUGGAAAAUGAAGAGGACUUCAGGCAUGAGUACAAAAGGCUCCAUCAAGCUAUGGAGAUGGUCGGCUUCCUUCCGGCUACCAAGACACAGAUCUUCUCAGUGCUCUCUGCCAUUCUCUACCUGGGCAACAUUACCUACACACUGUCUGAGGAUGGACAGGUGCUGGAGGCCGGCCCUGCUGAUGUCCUGUCAACCCUGUCUGACCUGCUCAAGGUCAAAAAGCAGCUGUUGGUGGAGGCUUUGACCAAGCGGAAAUCGACCACGGCCAAGGUCACGCUGGUCCUUCCUUACUCACUCAAGGAGGCCACCACGACGAGGGACUCCAUGGCCAAGUCCCUGUACGGCGCUUUGUUUGACUGGAUCCUCCUCCACAUCAACCAUGCUCUGCUCAACAAGCGAGACAUGGAGGAGUCCGUCUCGUGUCUGUCCAUCGGAAUCCUGGAUAUAUUUGGCUUUGAGGAUUUCAAGACCAACAGCUUCGAGCAGUUCUGCAUCAACUAUGCCAACGAGAGGCUUCAGCAUUACUUCAACCAGCACAUCUUCACACUUGAGCAGGAGGAGUACUGCAAAGAGGGCAUCACCUGGCACAACAUAGACUACACUGACAACAUGAGCUGCAUUCAUCUGAUCAGCAAGAAACCUACUGGGCUCUUUCACCUAUUGGAUGAAGAGAGCAACCUCCCCCAGGGCACAAACGACACCCUGUUGAACAAGUUCAAGCAGCAGCAUCAGAACAGCCCAUUGUUUGUGCCCACACCUGUGAUGGAGCCAGCUUUUGUUCUCCAUCACUUUGCUGGGAGGGUCAAAUACCAGAUUAAGGAUUUCCGGGAGAAGAACACGGACCACAUGCGGCCUGACAUCGUGUCGCUGUUGCGCAGCAGCAAGCGGGCCUUUGUGCGUCAGCUGAUCGGGUCCAACCCCGCCGCCGUGUUCCGCUGGGGCAUCCUGCGGGCCACCAUACGCAUCCUCGCCACCUUCAACAAGGUGGCACGCCAGCGGGCCAGGGAAAGAUCAGGAGGACCCGGUCAGUUCACUGGAGGGGUGAGAAGGUUGAGCUCUCUGGGGAAACUAAGAAAGAAAAGCUCCGGUCUGGAGUUGUUGAGCCCAACCUCUGUGCUCGAUUUCUCCUUCGACCGCUCAGACGAGCUUCCUCUUGAGGUGUUUGAGGACAUCUUCGCCAGCUACGAAAAGAGGAAGAAAAGCAAGGACAGCCGCCAAAAGCAGCUCAUUCCUAAGAACCUAAUGGACUCCCAGUCCCUCAAGUACAUCAUGGGUCUCACCCUCCACGACCGCACCACCCAGGCUCUCCUCCACCCUCACCAGAAGAAGAAGCCCCCCAGCAUCAGUGCCCAGUUUCAGGCGUCCCUCAACAAGUUGCUGGAGACUCUGGGAAAAGCGGAGCCUUUCUUCAUCCACUGCCUCCGCUCCAAUGCUGAGAAGAAGGAGAUGCACUUUGAUGAGAGCCUGGUGCGGAAGCAGCUGAGGUACACCGGCAUGCUGGAGACGGUGCGCAUGAGGAAGUCGGGCUACGGAGCCAAGUACACUUUCAAGGAGUUCCUGGAGAAGUUUAUAGUAUUACUGCCAAAAAAGGCUACCGCUACCCCCGAGGACAUAUCCAGCUUUCUUCAGAAGAUGGGCUUGGAACAGACCACUUACAAAAUCGGAAAGACCAAGGUGUUUCUCAAAGAGCAUCAGAAACGCUGGCUCCAGGAAACCCUCAACAAGAAGGUGAUGCAGAACAUUGUGAUUCUGCAGCGCUGGUUCCGGACCUGUCUGAUCAGGAAGCACUUCCUGGAGAAGAAGGAUGCAGCUAUUCUCAUACAGAACAUGUGGCGUGGGCUCUGUGAGGAGAACAGGUGCCAAGCUGCUACUGUGAUCCAGGCUGCGUGGCGCACCUCCCUGAAGAGGAAGGAGUACCUGCUCAAUCGUGACGCGGACAAGGAGGACCUCUCAGAGCGCCAGAGUCGUUCUCCUGAGGAGAACAAAGGAACUGGUGAUGUGAAGAACACUGAGGAACCGGACAGUCCCGUGGGUGAUGGAGAGAGGCCUUCCUUGUCCCUGACUUCCAGCCAGAGGACCAUGGAGAGAGCGGAGCUGAGGAGGCAGCGAGGCUUAGAGCACAGCCCCAACAGGAGCCAGGAACCAGGCACCAUCAACGGCCAGGACGCCGCCAGCAAGGCACAGCCCGUACAGAGGACUAAAGAUGGGGAGCAACAAGAGGGUAGAGGGUCCCCACCGCCCCUCAGCCGACCUCUCUCCCUCCCCUUGGGCAAAACGCCAAGCAGGGACACCAGUCCCUCUAACACAGGCUCCCUCCAGCGCUACACAGGGAAAGAGGCCAUCAAGGAGAAGGGUGAGAAGUGGAAGGAACGAAGGUGCGAUGGAGGGCAGUCGAACAACUCCAGUCCAGAGGCCAAUCACCUGAGGACUCAGCGGACCAACAGUUUGCUGAAGAACAAAGGGAAGUCCAUGUCGGUCGACAACUUGACCAAGUCCAGCUCCUCUGAUUCUGACACUCCCCCACCUGCAUCUGAGGCCAGGGUGCGCCGCUACAAACGGACCAAACACAAGCGCCGCCUAGCCCACGCCCGCAGUGGGCUGAUAACAGGGCUCCAUGACUAUGGGAGGUCCAUGGAGAGCGCGUACUGGAGCUUCCCCCUGCCCCCCAUCAGCCCCUCUGUGCUCAAGCAGGCAGACAGCCUGACCCACGUAGAGCUCCGGCCCAGCAAACGCUGGGUCCAGCCAUCUUCAGACAUGGAUGGGUCUAGGCUCAGCACAAGCUCAAGCAAUCGGAGUUCUACCAUAUCCCAGCUGACCACCCCAGAGAAAUCUGGCUUCCUCAGUAAGAUCCUGAAAUGGCGGACGCCAAGAGACUCCCAGAAUCUGGAGGAUGUGAAGCUGGCCCACCAGAAGGCACAGUCAGAUAAAGUCACCUCUCCUACCCAGACGCCCUACCGGCUGUCUAACCAGGGACGGAACCCGUCCAUCAGAAUCAGCAGGGCCACGCGCGUCUCGGAGGAGUGGAACGCCUCUCUGGACAGGGAGAUCAGAGACGUCAACGAGCUUCGCCACCUGGACGAGUUCCUGGGCAACCAGGUGAACGAGCUGCGCGGCCGGAUCAAGGAGCUGUCUGACACGGAGAACAUCUUCCUGGUGUCCACCAUGCAGUUUAGAGAAACCAUCAAGAGCAUGUACUCUGUCUCGCAGAAGCCACACAUGGGCUAUAAGGGGCUGAUGAUGGGCUAUAAAAACAAAGUAACCAGCCUGGCAGGAGCCAAGCAGCUGAACGAGGUCCAGCUGGUGGUCAACCUGUUCCAGUCUGUACUGGAUGGCUUCAUCCGCGGGGAAAUCAAGAGGAAGGGGGCUGUCGACCCUGUUAAGACCAAAAAAAAGACAAAGAAGAGGAGGAAAAACGACAUGUGUGCAGACAGUCCUCUGGAUCAUAUGUUCAGCACCUACCAAGUCAACAUCAUGCAGUCCUGUGACCUUUGUGGCUCCUACAUCUGGGGCAUGGAGAAGGCCUGCAUGUGCAGCGCUUGCAAACUAGUGUGCCACAAGAAGUGCCUCGCCAAAAUCAUCACCGAUUGCUCCACGCGCUGCGCGAAGAAGCACGAUGGCAGCCACGGCUUGCUUCACUUUGGGGUGCCGGUGUACGCCCUGACCAACAAGUCCAACCCGGUGCCCAUGGUGGUGGAGAUGAUGCUGGAGCAUGUGGAGAUGAACGGGCUGUACACCGAGGGCAUUUACCGCAAGUCAGGCUCCACCUGUCGGGCCCGGGAACUCUACCAGAUACUAGAGACGGAUCCUAAGGGGGCUUGUCUGGAUAACUAUCCCAUCCACACCAUCACAGGGCUGGUGAAACGCUGGCUCCGAGAGCUGCCUGACCCCCUCAUGACCUUUACCCUUUACAGUGACUUCCUGCACGCUGUAGAGUUGCCUGAGAAAUCAGAACGCAUAAGAGCCGUGUACAAAAAGCUGGACGAACUUCCUUCAGCUAACUUCAACACUCUGGAAAGACUCAUCUUUCAUCUUGUCAGAGUGGCAAAAGAGGAGGCAAACAACCGCAUGUCUGCCAACUCCCUGGCCAUUGUCUUUGCCCCCUGCAUCCUGCGCUCACCAGAUGCCUCUGACCCCUUUCUUGGCAUGAAGGACAUUUCCAAGACUACCUUAUGUGUGGAAGUCAUGAUACUGGAACAAUUAAGACGCUACAAUGAGAAGAUGCAAGACAUCCAGGAACUUGAGUAUGCAGAGACCCAGGCCGUCAACCAGCUCAGACUGAAGAGACAGAACACGAUCCAGGAGAAGCCCUUGUCAGAGCUGUCCCUGCCCCACGUGGACUCAGAGACGUCCCUCAUUGAGAGGAUCAGAUCCAUCAAGGAGGAGAAGGAUGAGCUGGUCUGGAGGCUGCCUGAGUUGGAGCAGGAGAACUCUGACGACAAUCUGGACUAUGACUCGUCCAGAAGCUCAGAGAGCUUGGCAGAUGAGCUCUUGCAGGGCUUAGUCAUGGAAGGUCAGUAGAGAGGAGGGGUAAGUCCACUUCAGGCGGGCCAGAGGCCAGAGUGCCCUUUUAAGCCUGCUGACCUGGCAGAGAGAGUGAGAGCGCUCACUGGGAAGCCAGGGGGCCAGACGGUGAGGUCAACACCUGGAAGCCAAUCUAGGCGACGCACUGAUGUUACCCAAUCACUCUGCAUCGUCUCUGGCCAGGGAGAACUCACUGACCCCUUCUCAGCCUCCUCCACCCCCAACAACCAGUCCACUAUUAAGACUAGUCGGAGCUUUGAUGACCUGGACAUACCAUUCAUAGAUGAGGACUCCUAAUAGCGAAGCUAGAUUCUAAGAUUCUUUUGAAAGCAAGGGGGAGAACAAGCAGUGCCUCUUUUUGUUUGAGUUACUACGGAAGCUGUGUUUUGGCACAAUAUUGGCAAACAAUUAACAUUAUUGGCAAGAACCAAACACGUUCUAUACCUUUAUCCAUUCCCUGCCUAUUUGGAGUGAUGAAAGCUGCUUUGGGAAUUGAGUAUCUACUGUGAGAUCUGUGUUGGUGGUGAACUAGUUUCUCUCCAGAGGGAAAAUACACAUGAUGUGUGUAGUUUAUUUUAAAACUAAUGUAUCAUGGCAAGCUAAGUAGUUUGAUUUGAACAAUAUUCCACAAAUGUACAUAUGUGUGCACAUAUUGGGAGCUUUUUAUGUUGGUAUUAAUUAUUGGUGAAUUGUCAAAAAUAUUACAAUAAUAUAUUGAGGAGAAUCAAGUCAUUUUUAAUCAAACCAAGUUAAAUCUAAGAUAUAUUUUUGACAUGGUGCCUUAUUUGCAAUGGAAUGCAGGUAUGCCUGAUUUUUUUUUUGCCAAUCACCAUGGACACAGGCAAGGACUUGUUUUUUAAUUUCUCUGAAAACCAAAGUGAAAAUGUUUUGCUCAUUAUUUGACUCUAGGUUAGAUUGGCCACAAUUGUUUGAAGUUAUCACUUAAACAUAUUCAAACGUUUUUUUUAUCCUCAAUAAGACAUUCAAAUGUUUUGUUAACAUAUUUUACUAACUCUAUCCAGAUGUUUAUCAUGUCUUGUCUUAGUGUCAUAUGUUGUUAGUGAUCUGUCAAAACAAUGAGUUCCUUUGUUGGAUGAGAGUAAAUGAAAAAAUUAUCCCUGAUGGGGUGAAAAUGUUUCUUUCAAUGUUGUUCUUUUAUUCAUCAUGAUGCUCUAGAGUCCAGAGUACAGUAGUUACCAAACAUGGUUGUUUUGUCAAUAAUAAGCUUGACUAUGCAGUUUUAGUGGUGAUCAUGUGACCUAUUCUGUUUGAUGUCCAAACUGACCGUUUUUGAUGUUUCACACAAAUAAAGUUAUGGUACAGGAUA